AUGAUAGCGCGUCCAUCUAGUCUAGAGAAAUUCACUCACGCCACGUGCGCAAAAGCAGAAACAAAUAAACGGGGUUUGAAAGAGGCGGAUUCUAUCUAUUAUGUUUGCAUAUGGUUUCGGGAUGUACCAUCAUUUUGUAUAUUUACCUGUUUUGCAUACGACAAGGAUCGAGCGAAAUGCAAGGCGUCGUAUAUUUUAUCCAUUUGUGGGUUAUCGUCAAUAUUUGGCCGUAUUGUGACAGGUUUCAUAGCAAAUUUUAGACAAGUCAACGAAAUAUCUCUAUAUGUAGGAAGUUUGACAAUUAUUGCAAUAAUUUCUGCGAUGAUUCCGUUAUAUACUGCAAGUUUAACUGGGCAAAUAGCAUUCGCAAUUGUGUUCGGACUAUUUUUCGGAUGUCCAUAUAUUACAAUCACUCCGAUUAAUUUCACAUUUGUCGGCGUUGGGCACAUCUCGUCUGCACUAGGUAUCGAGCUUUGUGGCUGUGGGGCAGGUGGCAUAGUUGGACCAAUCUUAGCAGGUAUUUCGAUUGCAGUUUCCGCAUUUUUUGGUUUCAUUCCGUAUCUCUUACACAGAAACGACAAAAAGAACGAUGACAUAACAAUUUCUGUUGACUUGAAAGAAGGGGGGAAACCAGACAAAGUAACGGAUGAAAUCCUUAAAGAUGAAAAUAAAGAUGAAUACAACCAAAGAUAUGAGUUAGAAGUUUUAAAAGAAAAUUUGCUCGCAUCGACACAUGAAAUAACAUGACUUUAUAUAAUACACUUCUAGAUGAAAUACUGCUUGCUUAAAUUGGGUAACGUCUUUCAAUCAAAACAUUAGAAUUAAAGGAAACAAGAAGACAAAAUAACACGAUGCUUCAAAAGGGGUGACGGAAGGGAAAAUGAUAAUAUAAAACAAUGCUUCAUAAAAAAUAGGGGUGACGGAAGGGAAAAAAGCACAAUAUAUAACACGAUGCUUCAAUAGGGAUGACGGAGGGAAAAAAGCAAAUAUAACACAAUGUUUCAAUACGGGGUGAUGGAGGGAAAAAGACAAUAUAAUACGAUGCUUCAAUAGGGGUAACGGAGAAAAAAAACAAAAACAAUAUAUAACAUGAUGCUUCAAUAGGGGUGACGGAGGGAAAAAAGACAAUAUAACACGAUGCUUUAAUAGGGGUGACGGAGGGA